CCUCGGCCAUUCGCCGUACACUCAACAGAUUGAGGUGUGGCCAUCGAGGGCAGCCAUUUUCUUGAUUUUCUGUCGCAAGAUUUCAGGUAAAUACGCAAAUAUAUCUUAAAUUAACGCCGACCAGAGUGGUGAGAGGGUGCGUGGUGCGUCGUGUGCGCGGACGUCGCGAGCAUUUUCCGGGCGCGUUGGAGAUCCCACCGGGACGUCGGGCUCCUCUAAUACGGUGCUAAAAAGAGGGGAAAAAAAAAGGAGCCGCCUUCUCCGUGAGGGAGAGAGAGAGAGAGAGAGAGAGAGAAGGAGAAAGCGAGACGAGGAUAAGUAGACGGGGAGGGGGAGAAAAAGAGAGAGAAAGAGAGAGAGCAGGUCGCGCCAGCUCUCGAGGGAGUGCCAUGCGUCGCGAAUCUCGUCCGCUUGGUAUCGUCGCACGGCGAGGCGCGCUCUGAAGUUCGAAUAAACGGGUGUCUUGACUCAGCUCGCAAGUUCAAUUCCGCGACUCAGCUCGCAAGUUCGGUCGUGCGCUUGCGAUUCGUGCUUAGUCUACGUCCACGUCGUCAUCGUUAUCUUGGUCGUCGCCGUCACCGCCGCCGCCACACCACUGCCGCGGAGCCGAGCAAGUAAAUCCGUGCGACGGAAUUCUUGGAAUGUUCUCGGGCUCUACCUGACGCUACGUGGCCGUUUAGUCCACACAGAGGGUGUAAUGAGUGACAAGCGCGAUUGAAAGGAACACAUACACACACCCCUCCCGAGGUAGCAAUAUUGUCGUCCUCGUAGGAGAGGCGCUCGGCAACUGGAUUUAGGGGUCAUCAGAGGUGACUGCUGCAUGUCUUCUGACGCCGAUCGCGUGCUCGUCCUCGUGGAACUCUAUGUUUCGAAGAAACACACGAAAGGGAUUCAUGGCAGCCAUUAGAAAGAAGUUGGUUAUUGUAGGCGACGGUGCUUGUGGUAAAACAUGUCUUCUCAUAGUGUUCAGCAAAGACCAGUUUCCUGAGGUGUACGUACCCACAGUAUUCGAGAACUAUGUCGCUGAUAUCGAGGUGGAUGGCAAACAGGUGGAACUGGCUCUUUGGGACACAGCUGGACAAGAAGACUACGACAGGUUGCGUCCGUUGUCAUAUCCGGACACGGAUGUUAUCCUAAUGUGCUUCUCCAUCGAUAGUCCCGAUUCCUUGGAGAACAUUCCCGAGAAGUGGACACCGGAGGUGAAGCACUUCUGCCCAAACGUGCCCAUUAUCCUUGUUGGAAACAAAAAAGACUUGCGCAAUGAUCCUAAUACCAUCAAGGAGCUCGGCAAGAUGAAACAAGAGCCAGUUAAGCCUGAGGAGGGUAGGGCCAUGGCGGAAAAAAUCAAUGCUUUCGCCUACCUUGAGUGUUCUGCCAAAAGCAAGGAAGGUGUAAGGGAAGUUUUCGAAACGGCAACUCGAGCUGCAUUACAAGUAAAGAAGAAGAAGAGGGGAAGAUGUAGGCUUCUUUAAGAUGUUGUGACAAGUGAGCCCGUGAUUACGGGCAAAAUUAUGGAAUUGCGGAACUAGCUGCAAAGAAGCUAGUCAUAAUACCGCAGAUCCCCAGCGGAAACCAUGAUAUAACAUCUUACCUUUAAUUAUUUUACAUAAUAAAACAAGUCUACUGCAGCAACAAAAAAUUAGUAAAACAAAAAAGAAGGUGCAACCGCGUCGACAAAUACAUAUAUACCUAAUGUUGUAAACUGUCAAUGAAACUGAAAGGACUCGAGAAAUACUAAGUAAAUUCAAUACAAGUAUACUUAUAAUCUUACGGAAAACUAUAAUGUACAUUGUAAUGACUAUAUUGAUUGUGUAAUGUUUAACAGUAAUGAAUUGUGCUUCGAGUUUAAAUGAUUAAAACAAAAAAAUGAUUGUUAUACCAACAACUAUCUACAUUUUACGGUACACAAUUAUCUUUA